AUGUGUACCACCGACCAGCGGAUGGCCCAGCUGCCCCACGUGGUGCCUGGUGGCCGCUGCAAGUCGCCCUCGACCGCCAUCACCGUCAAGACGCCGUUCUCGAUCGAGGACAUUCUGUUCCAGAACGGUCCGCCAAGCCCACAGCAGCACCACGCCGGUGGGAGGACUUCGCCGCGGCCACCGGCCACCGGUUCUCCGCUGUCCGACGAUGCGCCGCCACGGACCGGAAUGUCCUCCCGGGUCACCAAACCCGUGCCAAACUCACCGUCACCCUCGGGUUCAUCGUCACCGUCCUCAUCUUCGUCGGUGACCGUGAAUCGUGAUCGGGUUAGUGAGCGAGUGACACACAUUAAUCGCGUCAAACACGGUGCCAACGGUUGUGUACCCGGUAGCGGCAAUGGCGGAAGUAACCACAACGGUGGUAGUAAACAUUGUGAAGCGCCCGGUGGUGCCGGCGGAGGAUUAAGUCGCGCCGAGGAGGAUUAUCGGAAAGUGCUGCAAUCGGAAAGGUACGGUAAAGUUGGUGGCAUAAACGGUGGUUCCCAUCCGGGCGUGCACCAUCCGGUUCCGGCGGGUCCGGCGGCACCACCACAACAACCGCCGCUCCCGGGAGGACCUCCGGGAGCUGGCAGCCCGCCCGGUCCGGUUCAGUUCACCAGCGGGCCGUCGGCCGGGUCCGUCCUGUACGCUACGAAUCCGUACAACGAUCCCGCCUAUCUGCAGAUGGCCCUCGGCGCCUACCUGGCCCCCUCGUCCACCGGCUACAAAACCGUCGACCCGUACUUCCUCUCGCAAGGAAUUUUCGCCAGCUCGUCCCUGUUUCCCGGUGCCGGCUGUCCGGAUAUUGCCCUCGGCCUGGGGAUGGGCAUGAGCGCCCUGCGGCACUGCCGACGCCGGAAAGCUCGCACGGUGUUCAGUGACCCCCAGCUGACCGGGUUGGAGAAACGUUUCGAAGCUCAACGCUACUUAUCGACACCGGAGCGUGUCGAGCUGGCGACGGGCCUCGGGCUCAGCGAGACCCAGGUCAAGACGUGGUUCCAGAACCGCCGCAUGAAGCACAAGAAGCAGCUUCGCCGACGUGACGUCAACGCCACCAGCGCCGAAACGGGCACCUCCACGAGCGGAGGAGGAACUGCGGCCACUGGAGCCGCCGGAACCAACACCAACAACACAUCGGCAAACUCUUCCACUUCCGGCCGACUGCACGGAACCGUGCCCUGUCCGGGCUCAUCCUGUUCCACCUCUUCGACGUCCUCGACAACGACUUCUUCCAUUUCCGCGGCUUCGGCGGCCGUGGCAGCCUCCGCGGAGAAGAACGGUUUCGCGCUGUACAACGGUGGUGCUGGUGGCGGUGGCAAGUCAGCGGCUUCCCUCGCAGGUGGCGGCCCAAAGCCAUCCCCAUCCGUCGGAAGUGGUGGUGUGUCGCUAAAAUCUCUCACGAACAGCGACGGACGACCAUUGCACUCAUCGUUUAGCCUCGUGAAGCGGGCCGCAGCGGUGGCCGCGGUGGCCGCCAUGACCAACGGCGGUGCCCCACCGCACCUACCACCGCCGUCACCGCAGGGAGGGCCACCCACGGGACCUCAUCACCCGUUCGCCACGCACCAUCCGCACGGCUCCCAAAUGCACCACCACCAUCCGGCCCCGUACCACUCGAUGCAUCACCACCUGGCCCAUCAGUUGGCAUCACCGGCGCUGCGGAUGGGUGGCCAACCGGAAGGCUCUUCGCUCAGCGAUGCAGAUGACGAGGACGACGAGGAUUUGCUGAACGAUAGCGAGUCCGACUGCAGCGACGUCGAUAUCGUCGGUGACGAUCAGGGCUACCUGACGUAG